ACGUAAUAUAUACGAGUUCGAGUUACCGUCAAGGUAGACGCUUCAAAGUCAUUGUUAUGCGGAGCUAUCAACGAGUCUAAGAUCUGACGUGGGAUAUCGCCACAACAUAAUAGUGGCGACAAGAAUGUUACAGUGACGGCAAUAACAUACGAGUGGACGACGAUCCACAUUAUAAGAGUGGCAACGAGGAUAUAUAUACAAUUAACGCUGACAACAUUGAAAAAAAUUUUUUUUUUUUCACGAGCAAAUAAACAAUUCACGCGGAAAACCUUGAAAAAUUUUUCACGUGGAGAAAUUAAACACUCGACAGAAAAGUGACAAACAUUUUUGUUGUACUUAUUUAAAGAAAAAUCUGUAAAAUUAUGGAAAACUUGUUAGUGGGUUUAGCUGAGUUGCACAAACGGCAACAAUAAUAACUCAAAGAAUAACAAGAAAACAACAAAUGUUACAGCAACAAAAGCUAAAACUGAUGAAGUUGGUAACAAAACCAGAAAAUACGUUUUCACCAGACCAUAUAGCAAAUUCAUAUUACCGAAAAUUUGAAAAAAAUUUCGAAAAACAAUGUCAAGAUUGGAUGAACGAAUUGAAAACGCGACUAUUUCUGAAGAAACUGGUGACGAUAGAGCAUGAGAAAUAUUGUAACUUUAUAUUGCCUGGAAAAUGUUUCUGACAUAAAUUUCAUGGACGCAGUUGACAUUUUAUGUAAGAUGUUCAGUGAAAAAACAACGUUAUUCAACACAUGUUGGAAGUGUUUGAACAAGGAGAAAAGUGAUGACGAAGACUUUACCACAUAAGUGGGUAGAGUGAAUAGAGAGUGCGAGAGAUUUAAACAGGAUAAACUAACUGCAGACUCGUUCAUGUGCCUGAUUUUUGUUCAGGGACUUACUGCUAAAAAGGACGCAGAAGUCAGAAGGAAAAUUCUCGCAGAGAAGGAAACGAAACAGGAUAUAACCCUCCAGAAACUGUAAGAAGAGUGUGAUGUGAUAUUAAAAGUAAGGCACUACACAAAAGAAAUCCAACGCGGAGAUUGUUUACAGAUAAAACCAGUGUAACUUCGAAGUAGAUCCCAGUCGUAAUCCAACUCCCAUGAACUGUAACCCUCUUUAAACAAUUUCAAAUUUAGCAUAAUUCCAUCACCAAGAAAAAAUAUUUGCCCCAUUGAAACUAACCACCAUGCCUACUGCCAAAAUGCUGGCAGAUUCUACCCAAAGCGAUGCAGCUCUGGAAAGGAAAAAGAAGAAGGAACGACAUGAUCGCCAGAAAAAGUCCAAGAAGGAAGACAAACCCCACCAUCACAGUAAACGGAAAACUAAGAGUACAUUUGCUAGCGGUAGCAACAGAAAAAAUAAGAAAAAACAUAAAAGUACCACUUCUGAUAAAGAUACUGAAACAAAGGAAGGGUCUGAAGACAGUGACCUCAAUCUUAGCAAACCACUUUAUCCAAUCAGUCACUACAUCAAUGAGAGAAGUGAAAUGCUGGAACAAAUGUUUCACUGUAUUCAGGGUGCCACACUGAAGAAAGCACUUCCAGAAAUAUUGCAGGAUUUACCAAUGAAGGAAUUGAAACAACUUUGCCUUACACAACUUGAGGUUAUGUCAAAGAAACGAAUUCUUCGAAUAUUGGCAGGUGAUGACCCCAUAACUAUAUCUUCAUCUGGUACAGAUGAAUCAGGAGAUGAAGGUGGAAACCACACUGGGAAUGUAUCUAAGCGAAGCACUGUCGCUGCACAACCAGCAGAUUCAACUUCAUCUUCAAUCGACAGAGUGGAGUUCCAACCUGUAGCCGAUAGCAGAGUAUUAGCUGAUGUUAGCAAGACAAGCAGUGUUGUAUGUAAACCAACAGCUGAGGUAGAACUGGUUAUUACCAAAGGUAGUUACCACUCAAACCUAGCAUCUUCUGCAAGUUACUCAAGUAAUUAUAUCCCUUCAGAUCAGAAACUUCUGAACAGACAACAGAUCUAUACUAACCCAAACUGGCCUCCCGGUGGAUUCGGGGAUCUUCAUUAUCGGCCACAUCCAGUUCGUGCACAUGUCUCACCGCAGCUGUUAGCAUAUCAACAGGCUUUGUCCACCAAACAACUAGAUAUUUUUCAGCAUCAUACCAAAGCGAAUGAAGCAUUGAUAAUGACCAGGACACCGUACUAUGGCAGAAAUGACACCACUGCAUCAGCACUUAGCUUCGGUGGUGUCAGCACAAAUUUCUGCCACAAUUGCAAACAGACUUAUUGUAUCUGCAACUACAAAACUAAGCCCUCUUCACUUGCAUGCCACCAGCUCCAUGCUGCACCAACAGUAACAAUCGGACAGACUUUCACGACUGUAAAAGCUGCACCUACAAAGAGUACAUUUGCAUCUUCUGUCCAGAAGUCAUUACCAUCAGGCACAGAAUCAUCGCAAAAUGUAAUUGUACAAACAGAAAUGGAAAUUUUGGAACUUGGCAUGCGAGCACGGGCUAUCAAAGCAAUGCUACAAGCAGCAUCUCAGUGUAACCCAUAACAUCAGGCAAGUGUCACACACACACACAUACAUACAUAUAUAUAUAUGUUGUCAUGGUAGCUUUGUUCCCUUUCUUUCUUUAUUGCCGUGAUGUUAAUUGUGGAUGUGUGUGUAGGUCAAUAUGAUUCAUACGUGUACGUUAGUGCUGUAGUUUUACAUACAUAUGCAUAUACGAGUCUGUGUAAAUUGGUCUAUACAUAUACACCAUAUGUGUAUAUAAAAAUAUAUAUAUAUUAUUCUUAAACAAGAAUGUUAUUGACAGUGACCUCAAAGUUUCAGUCAGUAACUUUGAAGUCAUUGUCAAGAACAUUCUUCUUUAAGAAUGAUUAAUUUGUAUCUACAAAAUUGUAGAGUAACUCUUCAGAUUAAUGUAAAAUUGUUUUUAUUAUAGCUGAAUAUAAAAACAAACAUU